UGUUGGUGGAGCCAUGAGUGAUCUCUCUGGUGGAGUGUGGGUUCGAGCCCUGGGCUUGGAGGAGAGGCUGGUGGCUGCCUACAACACAGCCGGCAACAUGACUAUCGCCCACGCACUCUGGCUCUCCUCCAACACCCCCCUCACGCACUCUAUCCUCUCCAACGCACUCUGGGCUCUCUACAGUCAUGUGAUCACUGAUGGUGUGUCCAACAUGCGGAUAUCUCACCACUUGCUACAGUUCCUCAAAAAGGAGGUCCAGAUCGCUGCUGGAAGAGAGAAAGAGGAGAGCAGGGACAGUGAGAAAGAUGCGGUGGAAGAGUUGGGUGUGUUCACGUCACCAGUAGCCGAGGAACAAGCGAUGGAGAGGAAGGAGAGAGAUGCCGAGUUCGCCAGCAUCGCCUGCAGUGGUCCCCUGCCAGGGCCUGCCCUCUACAUGACUCUCUACCCACCACACACAACAGGUACAGGAUCACAAAAAUAG